UGAGGGUCUAGCUCCCCCACCAGCUUCAGGUCAGUCCUGGCUCUAACGGGGCCCUCCUUGACUCAGAAGGUCCCCUCCCUCCUGGCUACAGAGCCCUGGUCAGAAGCAAUGGCCCCAGCUACCUGUGGGACACACAGUCAACUCCUGGACCAGGUCGGGGGAAAUUCACUCUUUUCAGUGCCUUUCCCAGCAAGCCCAGCCCAGCCCUCUUGGGUGGCUCCUAAAACCUCACCUGAACUAUCUGUGCUUUUAAGAGUCAGGUCCUACAUCACCCUUCUCCCAAGGGCACAAGACAGCCAGGUGAGACCUCGGCCUAACUCGCUGCCCCUUCACCUGGUCUUGGCUCCAGAGCCCCCCGACCGCUGUCCGGUGCUUUCCCAGAGGGGCUCUUUACCUCUCAGGUGAGCCGGGCUCUGCCCGCCACCCACCCCGCGCGGCGCCCUACCUGAAGCAGUAGCCGCCUGCUCUCUGCGCGGCCCGAGCCCCGGGGCUCCCGGCACUUGGGCGGCGCGGGGGCCGGGGGGCUCCGCGGGGGCUGGGGGCUGCAGGGAGGCCCGGGCUCCAGCGCCUCGCAGCACACCAAGCUCACGGUGCAACCCAUCCGGCCGGGGCGCCAGCCAGCCCCUCGCCCUGGCGUCCGCUCGGCCUAGGGAGCCUGCGACGUCGGGAGGGGGACGGCGACACCCCCAGCCCGUCCCCUCCCGGAGCCUCCUUGGCCCGCAGCUCCAGGAAGCGGGGGAGCACGGAGCCCGCCAAGGGGCGGUGACACGGGCGCGGACGCCCGGACGCAGCCACGGUGAGCCCCAGAACUGGGGGGAUGGCACUGGUGAUCAGCACUCACCGGGACCCCUCAGAAGAGAUGGGGCGGAGGAGGGAGACAUGAGGUGGGACCCUUGUCCUCCCCUCCACACCUGCACCGCACUCCAACCAAGUGACAGUAAAGGUGGGGCAGCCUCAUAGCCUCUUUGUGCCACCUGGUGGCGAUAAGGAAGAAAGACAAGAGCAAGUGACCGUGAUGAGAAGGGGAGAGAACUCGCAGAGCCACGAUUGCCACUACCUCCUCGGCUGCUGGGCUGGGCAUGAGUCACUCCCCAGGCAGCAAACUCUGGAAAAGGCUGUGCAGAGCAGUGCUCUGCUUUCCAUGCCCCAACCAGCCAGGCCUUCCCAGAUGGGGAAAUCCAGGCCCGAGAAAGGCGAAGGAUGUGCCCCAGGUCACACAAUGAGCCAGCAGCAGGGCCAGGAUGGAGAACCAGGAAACACGCAUUUUCCAUGCAGCUGGGGCCCAGGAAAGGAUGAAUGUGUGUCCCAGGGCUGAUGACUGCCCUUAAGGAGAGAGCUGGGCAGCUGAAGCCAGAAGCUCGUUCUUGGCCUCUAGACCCACAAGGAAUCACGUCCUUUUCAAAUACUCAUGGCAGAAGAAGGGGCUGUCUUCAAGAUGACCAGUGACCUGAAGGCUGUCAUCUCUGCCAUCCUCCAGGGCUAUGGGGGUGGGCAGCAGCCGGUGACAGACACCAGUGCUGAACUGCACAGACUCUGUGGCUGCCUGGAGCAAGUGCUGCAGUUUGACCAGAAAGAGCAGAAGAGCCUCCUGAGGCCUCGGAAGGAUUACUGGGACUUCCUCUGCACAGCCCUGUGGCAGCAGCGGGGCGACAUGGAGCCAGUCCACUUUGUCCACUCACAGGACAAGUUGAAGACCCCGCUGGGAAAAGGCCGAGCCUUCAUCCGCUUCUGUCUCGCCCACGGACAGCUGGCCGAGUCCCUGCAGCUCUGCCUCCUGAACCCAGAGCUAACCAGGGAGUGGUAUGGCCCCCGGAGCCCUCUGCUGUGCCCUGAACUCCAGGAAGACAUCCUGGACUCCCUCUAUGCUCUCAACGAGGUGACCUUCGACUUGGACCUGCAACGGCCAGACUUGGAUGGAGCCUGGCCCAUGUUCUCAGAGUCCCGCUGCUCCAAUUCCAACUGGACCCCGGGAAGAAGACCCAGAAAGAUCAAAGAUUCCCCUAAGGAGAUCUCACCCACAUAUGGAGACCCCACAGGAGGCCACCCAGAGGAGCCACAUACCAGGCAAGCCAGUUCCCUGCGAGAUGCACCCAGGGAAGACAGGUUGGCUGGACUCCCCAGGUCCCAGCAACACAAGCAUCAGCCCCUCUUUUUGGAAAAGAAGAAAGAAGAUCCCAGGAGGCUUGGGCCUCCCCAGAGCAUGUGGGAACUAGAGGGGGAGGAGCUUCAGCAAAACCAGGAGAAAGGAGCUCCAAGGACGGGGAUGUGCCUGGAGAACUCAACACCUAGCAUCCAGGGACAGGGCAAGGGGGCCAAAGGGACUCUGAAGGAGGUGAUAGGGACAGAUACUGAGGGCAGGGGGGUUUUGCUGAGUGCAGAGGGCCAGAGAACAAUAGAUGGGACUUAUGAAGGGGAAGCAGAGAGGAGUCAUACCCAUAGGCUGCUGGCCUCCAGCCCCAAAGAGAUGAUAAGGGAUGCAGUGUCAGGGAGCCGUCAGGGCGGGAAAGUGCCCAGCAGCCCCAGGGAGUUCUGGGUCCUUCAGGGCCUGGAAACAAAGGAAGGCUCCACCACGGAGAAGCCCCAAGAGCAAAUAGGAGUGACCAGUGCAACCAGGAGAGAGGAACAAGCAGAGAUGGCCUUGCAGGAUGUGGUCAAGAGUCUCAGACAUGGGCUCCAGAAAACCAAGGAGCAGGCCCAGCACCAGGAACAGCUGCUGAAGGAGCAGGAAGGGGAGCUGAAGGCACUGCAGGAACAGCUCAACAGGUGUCAGGAAGAGAGGGCCCGGCUGCAGGCGGAGCUGGAGCACAAGCAACAGGAGGCUGAAAGGAAGGGUGCCAUGUAUGAGGAGGAGCUUGGCGGGCAGCGGGACCUGGUCCGGGCCAUGAAGAGGCGGGUGCUGGAGCUGAUUCAAGAGAAGGAUAACCUGUGGCAGAAGGUCCAGCAUCUCUCUUCCUUGGCCCCUGGAUGCUGUGUUGUCUGUAACAAGAUCUUUGGUCGGCUGUCUCGGCGGUACCUGUGCAGGCUCUGCGGAGGCCUGGUUUGCCAUGCCUGCUCUGUGGAUUUUAAGAAGAAGGAGUGCCACUGCCCACCCUGCUCCCAGAGGAGAGAAGCCCAGGUCCUCUGACUGAGACCCACCCACCCCACCUGAUCGACCGUCCCCUCGGCCCUUCCCAGCCCUCUUGUCUGACCAGUCCUGCUUUCUAGAAGUUGGCCAUCUAACGUGGACAGCACUUGAGUGGACAGACCGUGGUGUGGAGGAUGGAAGGAGCCGGGCUGGCAGUCAGGAAAGAGGUUCUAACCCUGCAUCUCCCACUGGGUGACUUUGGCAAAGCUGUCAGGCUUUUUCCAUAACAUGAGGGAGUGGGCACCACCCUCUCUAAAGUCCCUGCAGGCUCAAAGUCCUUGUCCAAGAAUAAGGCCUGGUGGCCCUGACGUUUCUCCUCUGCACUCCCUUCUCAGCCAGCCCAUCCUUCAUGAUACACGGGAGCUUCCUGUCUGCAGUCUCCUUCGGAGGUCUGCUUUCAUUCUAAACAGCUUUCUUUAGGUACUAUUAAUGUAUAAUACACUUCACAUAAACCUGAUGAGUACAGUCUGAUGAGUUUUGCCUUUAAUAUACACCCUGAAGCCAUCACCAUAUUCAAAAUAAUAGACACACCCAUCAGCCCCGUUUCCUUGUGCCCUUUGUCAUCUCUCCCUCCCCCCACCUCUCCCCAUCCCCGGGCAACCACUUACUUGCUUUCUGUCAUUAGAGACUAGUUUGCAUUUUCUAGAAUUUUGUAUAAAUGGAAUCAUACAGUAUAUACUCCUUAUUAUCUGCCCUCUUUCACUUGGCAUAAUUAUUUUAUCAUCCGUGUUGUAGCAUAUAUCAAGUUCCUUUUUACUGUUGAGUAGUAUUCCACUGCAUGGAUAUAUCCCAAUUUAUUUACACAUUCACCUGUUGUUGAUACUUGGGUUGUUUCUAAUUCCAGGCUAUUACAAAUAAGUUUCCUAUCUUCACCUGUGUACAAAUCUUUGUAUAGACAUAUACCUUUAUUCCUCUUGGGUAAAUGCCUAGGAAAUGAAAUGGCGAGGUGGUAUGGUAGGUGUAUGUUUAACUUUUAAGAAAUGGCUGAGGGCUUCCCUGAUGGCACAGCGGUUGGGAGUCCGCCUGCCGAUGCAGGGGACACGGGUUCGUGCCCCGGUCCGGGAAGAUCCCACAUGCCGUGGAGCGGCUGGGCCCGUGAGCCAUGGCUGCUAAGCCUGCGCGUCCGGAGCCUGUGCUCCGCAGCGGGAGAGGCCACAACAGUGAGAGGCCCGCGUACCACAAAAAAAAAAAAAGAAAAAAAGAAAUGGCUGAGUUAUUUCCCAAAGAGAUUGUACGUUGUACCUUCCCACCAAGAGAGUGUGGGAGUCCCAGUUACUCCCCAGGGUGUCUGGUUUGGGGGGCAGGAGGGGAGGCUUGAGUCUCUCUGCCCUUCCCUUCCAACCACUAUGCUGACUUGAUGGGUCCCAAGUUGUGAGCACCCAGAAGAAGGGGCUGAUCUAGGUAACUCUCUAUGCAGUGCUUACUCAGCUAGACUUUAAUAUUAAAGACAGUUGAUGAGGACUCGUUUAGCUCCAUGGUACAAGAUCAUAUCCCCUGACUGCCCAAGAAGUCUUACACGAAUUAUGAUCAUUCAGUGGUCACCCAGUUGUGGUGCUUUUGACAACGCUGUUUCAGAAGAAGUGUGGGCCCCACUGUAUGACAAGGCGAUUAGCUGCCCUAGCUGGGCUCCAGGGCAGACUUUGUGGUCCCCAAGAGGCAUGCAUGCUGUCUCUGUCCCCUCUGCCUCACGCAGACUGCCAAAGCCUCUGCCAAAGCCUCUGCAGCAGUUGGGCAACCCUGUCAAUCUGACCAGAGCCCAUGCACCGCCCCUUGGGGUAGGCCGCCCAAAGUUGCAUCCCAUUACCAUCUCAAGAGGAAGAGUUUUGUAACAGCAGUUCCUGCCCUGGAGAGCUGGUGAGAACUUCUCCUUAUCAAAGGCAGUGAGGAGGUGGGGGGCAGGGAUGGAGGGAGUAAGGGGCAGAGCUGGGGCUCCCGGAGCCAUCAAGGCAAUAGAAUCACCCCUGCCCUAAAGGACAGUGGUCCCUUUCUGGAGGUUCGACUUGCUCAGACACUGUUAUUAGGGCAGGUUCUUACUACUGCAGAAGACAUCAUAUUCUAGUAGGAACUCCAGCAUGGAGUUCAGACUUACCUGAGGAACUGAUGGGGGAGAGGGGACCUAGCUGAAGCCUAUGUUCUACGAGGUAGCAAGAUGCUCCUGGACAAGAACUCAGGAGGAAAUCAGGGGCCAGGAAUGGGGGAGCUUGACCUUCACCCCCUGUUUGGGAGGGAUGGAAGGGCAAUGCUGAAGACCAGCCUCUAGCUCAACACUGCCCCCCAAGGAGUCCCCACCAGGUCCAAUGGAGAGCACAGAAGCUCCACAAAGAUAUUGGGAAGCUCAUUAGGCUCUGGGGACCCUCCGGCGGAAGGUUCCACAAGGCUCACCAUAGACUAUCCCAGAGCAUGGCACUGAAAGGGCACCAGUUCCCCAGUGGUGAGUCCAGAGCACACGUCUAGCCCAGCAGUACCAGAGGAGCACCUGGGGGACACCUCCAACAGACUCUCCCAAAUUCCUGGGGCGCAUUCUACAGGGGGGGUAAGCCCUGCAUGAACACACGGGGUCUGAAACAGUGCAAUCUGGGUUAUGGCUGUUGAUGUGCCUUCAUUUGUGCUCACAGGCUGGGGGUGCCCUGGGAAAUAUGGGCGACAUAAUUAUUUCUUUAAAUUAGAUGUCACUCGGAUGCACUAACGUACAUUGGUUUCCUCACUUUGUCAGUUCAUUCAGUGCUCAACAAAAUGAUAUCAAGCACCUAGGGUUUGCCAAACACUGUGUGUGUCUGGUUUGGGGAGACGAAAAUUUCAUAUAUAUAUCUCUCUAUAUAUCUAUAUAUAUGAAAUCCCUGCUUUCAAGAACCU